AUGGAGUCAGGUCAGGAUUGUUUGUCCUUAGCAAGCAGUAUAGAAUUAAAAGAUGCACUUGUUGAUACGAAAUGGUUCCAACCAGGUGAAACGCAUUCAAGCAAACCAACUGGUGAUAAGUGGAGCAAACGUAUAAAAGAAGCAGAAGCCAUAACUCUGGAAGAUUAUGUAGUUUCACGUCUCCCAUUUUACGCACGUUGGUAUGAAGCAUAUAAAGUUCGUUCUUUAAAUCAAAGACUUGAAAAAUUCGAAUUAGAUGAAAUAGAAUCAUUUGUAAAACAAAAACUGCAUAAAAUUACGGAUGUUAUCGCUGAUCAAGGAAGAAAACUGCGAUUAUUUUCAUCGAUAGCCAUAAAACCUAAUAAUGUGGAGAUCACGUAUAGAUCAAGUGAACUAAAGCGUAAAUAUGGAGCCACGUUAAUCUGCUGGCUAGACGAUGUCGCAGCGGGAUUGGACCAACCAUCAUCAGAAAUUAUUGAAAAACUCUUACACGGUUUUACACAGUUUAAGGCGGUAGAUCCACUGGCAAACUGGACAAAGCAAGGAAAUGAAUUCUAUUGUCGAAUGCUUGGAAGAAUAAAUACUUUCGCUUCUGAGAUGGCUACUAUGGUCAAUUAUUCCUUUAUCAUUGAACCUGGAACUAUUACUCCUCAUCUUUCGGAUUAUGUAGCAGAAUUCCGACAUUUGGAAACAUUUUUUGAGCGAAAUCCACUGACACCAGAAGAAAGUAAUCAGAGCGCUUUUAAUCGUAAUUGUAACAAAGUUAGAAAUAAAUUAACAGAAUGUGCGGAUAUCAGUCGUGUCAUAUUACAAUGUGACAAAUCAAGAGAUUCAUCGUUUUCUGAAAAGUUUGUGACUGGAAGUUCAUCAUGCUUUCUUAAUGCAGAAGAUUCUAUACAUGAAAAUAGCAACGAUUUUAUACACGCAUCUUACGUACGUGGUGGCCCAUUGCUUAAUACAUUUAUCUUGACGCAAGCGCCUCUUCUUUCAACUAUUGCUGAUUUCUGGCAAAUGGUUUGGCAAGAGCGUUCUCAUUAUAUUGUAAUGCUAUGCAAAGCUGUAGAUGUCAGUACGUUAGGUUUGCUAGAUGGAGCACUUCCAAACGUUUGUCCAUAUUACUGGCCGAGGUAAAU